UUAAACGCCGGCCGAUCUUUUAUCCGGGAAAACCCUUUUUAUCGGUGAAAAACGUAAGUGAAAUGUGUUGCGGCGGAUUACUUAUUUCGGCCCGUGGGCUUAGCUGGUUUCUGGUGACGCUGAUCGCCUGUAUGACGCUGCUGGCCGCGAUCGUACAGCCAAAGUGGUUGAUCGGACCCGAACAGAUCCAGAUCGAGAAUGUCGAGGGCAACUUUACCAUGUACCGGCAGCCCUCGGUUGGAAUUUACAACAGAUGCAAACGGAUGGGCCGUAACGAGUACAACUGCGGUAACUUCGAUCUGUACGGAUUGUGGACGGAUUCGAUCAUCUUUCCCGUGCCGUGGAAAUUCACCAUGACCCUGAUGUGCGGCGGUACGAUGCUGCAUGCUUUGACGCUGAUCUGUAUCCUGCCGACCUGCUUGCGUAUGCGUACCAUCUGCAAAUGGAGCCUGUACAAGCUGCUCGGAAUUCUCCAGGGUACGGCUGGGCUGCUGGUGCUUUGCGGAUUCCUGGCCUAUCCGCUCGGUUGGUCGGAACAGCGUGUCAAAACACUCUGCGGUCUUGACGCCGAAGCGUACGCGCCAGCAGAUUGUUCGCUGGGUAUGGCCCUCUACCUGGGGGCCUUUGGAGUGCUGUUAACCUUCGCUAGCGCCGUGCUCAGUGCUAAGGCCGAGGAUGCUCACUACAGUGGCAAGGCUCAGCAGCGCAUCGAAGAGGGUGAGGUACUCGUCUGCGUGCCAUAAGUGAUCGCGCGAUACAGCAGCAUAGGAAGGAGAUCUCAUUUACGGCAAGCUACUCAAUCGACCAGUAUGAAUCUCAACCAGAAAAAGACUAAUCAGAACUUUUUCCUUCAUGACAUCGUAUAAGGGCCUCGUGAUGGUCGCAACUAGAUUUAAGAAGACGAUCAAGCGACUCCAGUGAAGCGAUUUAUUCCGCUGGCCGAAACCGGCUUUAUUCGCGAUCGUCUUCCAUCAGUGCCAGUACUUUCUUACUAUUUACAUGCAUCCCGUGCGGACGCACUUUCGAAACAUUCGAAUUUUAUUACUUCUCAUUACCAUGUCCCUAGCAUAUAAGCGCGGCCAUGAGGAGGUAAAACUCCUUCGUUCCAUUUCUUUCUAAUAAAAAAGAACCU